AUGAGGGGAAAGACUGUAGGAUACGAUGGUUCCAUGCUGAACGGUCUGAAUAUACUGCCCUCUUACACAGAUUACUUCAACCUCAAUUCAGCUACCACUGGUCUCAACACGGCUUCGGUCUUCAUUGGAGGCGUCCUAGGUCCAUUAGUUUCUGGCGUGACUGCUGACCGCAUCGGCCGUCGUCCUACUAUCUUCUGGAGCUCGGCAAUCACAUUGAUCGGGGUCCUGUUACAGACAGCGGCGCAGAACAUCGCCAUGUUCGUGGUAGCUCGCAUUAUUCUUGGCUUUGGAACUACCGUCUCCGGCAUUGCGGCCGGCGUCUACCUUUCUGAAACAUUCAACAGCCGCUGGCGCGCUUGGGGCGUCGGUCUUCUGAACGACUUCUACUAUGUUGGCGCUCUCAUCGCCGCGGGCAUCACGCUUGGCACGGGGCAGUGGCAGUCGACCUGGGCGUGGAGACUUCCCUCUCUUUUCCAAGGGAUCUUCUCGCUCUUGUGCAUCAUUAUUCUGCCCUUCAUUCCUGAGUCACCGCGUUGGCUUGUACAUGAGGGCUACUUCGAGGCAGCGCGGCUGACCGUAGCGCAGACAAAUGCCAACGGGGACGUUGCAAGUCCCGUAGUCCUGGCUGUGUACAAGGAGAUUCUUGACACUCUUGAAUGGGAGAAGAAAGAAGGCCGCAUAAUGAGUCCGACGCAGAUGUUCGCGACACCCGUGGAAAGAAAGAGGCUUCUCAUUGGCAUGUCCCCUGGCCCAUUUUCCUGCAUCGCAGGCAACAUCAUCGCCUCGUACUACCUUGGACCAGAGCUCGACACGGCCGGAAUCACAGACUAUAAUGACCAGUUGAAAGCCAAUGUCGUGCUAAAUGUGUGGUGCCUACUUUGCUGUCUUGUCGGAACUCAUCUCGCUGCCAAAUGGGGCCGAAAGCCCACGGCUCUCUUGUCGGAAAUACUCCUGGUCAUCUGCCUGUUCAUCAUUGGCGGCCUUUCCAAGAUGUACGCAGAUGAUCCAGACAACGCCUCUACAAGUCUGGUCUAUGGCGAUGUGGCGGUCAUGUUUCUCUUUCAGGGGUUCUACUCGAUCGCCUGGACGCCACUGUUGUAUCUCUAUCCUCCCGAGGUCAUGAAUUACUCGAUCCGUGCGAAUGGAGUUGCUUUCUCGCAGCUGAUGUUGAACGCGUUUGCCAUGGUCUUCGUUUUCAUAAUGCCAAUCGGCCUCGACAAUAUUGGAUGGAAGAUGUACAUGGUCAACGCGUCAUGGGACAUCGUAAUAGCCGUCCUGAUUGCCGUCUUCUGGGUCGAGACCAAAGGCAAGACCCUCGAAGAGAUUGACGCAAUAUUCGAAGGCGAGAAACAUUCCUCCGUUCCUGAUGUGGAGCGAGUCAUACAAGGUGAAGCCCAACUUGAUGUCGGUAUGGUGGAGCAGCAGAUCAGUGCGGAUCUAGAGGCGGCAAAGAAGGAAGAGUAG